AUGACAGGCCCUGGCGCCCCGCCCUCCGCCACCAAAGCCCAGAUUGCGGCCGUAGUCUCAUUUUAUAUGGUUGCAGCACUUGUCAUGGUGUUUGUGAAUAAGCUUGUGUUGAACGCAGCACCAGAGCUGCCCGUUCUAUUCUUGUUCAAUCAAAUGCUUAUCGCAGUGAUACUCCUCCAUCUCUCCGCGUUACUAUCUCCCAAUGGUCUCGGUCAACGCGGUAGGGCUGGUAUGGAACACAUUAUGCCUCCGGGCCGUGGAUGCGUCAUAUUUUCAGACUCACACGACGCCCCUGCGCGUUUUGAAAUCCAGAUCGCCCGAGGGCUAGUACUUCCCCUGACCAUUGCGGUUGCGGCCAUUCACGGGCGGAAGACACCUUCUCUUUUGGUACUUGUAGCAGCAACCCUCGUUACAGGCGGGUUCUUGAUUGGCAUUACUCAUUCUGCUACCAUCACUGCUGCGACCUCGCAGUCCGGUCUCCUCUAUGGGGUACUUUCUGCCCUUGCUAUAGCUGUCCAUGCAGUUCUCAUUGGUGCAGCCUUGCCCAAGGUUCAUGGAUCGGCCUUGGAGCUCGCAUACUGGACUAAUGCAGGAACUGCGGUGCUCCUCAUGCCGGUUUUAUUACUUACCGGAGAAGCCCAGAAGCUGUGGUCAGUGUCCAAGCAUGGGCAUAUGGGUCAGCUCAACAGCCGAGCAUAA